AUGCUGAACCAGACGGAGGUGAGUGAGUUCAUCCUUUUGGGCCUCACCAAUCUCAAGGAGUUGCAGCACUUUUUCUUCAUCACCUUCCUGUUGCUUUACCUGACCAGUCUUCUGGGAAACAGUGCCAUUGUGACCAUGGUGAUAUUUGAGCCCCGUCUCCACACACCAAUGUACUUCUUCCUGGGAAACCUCUCCUGCCUGGACAUCAUCUACUCUACGGUUACUGUUCCCAAGAUGCUCAUUGGCUUUCUCUUUGGGCAUCAGCCCAUCUCUUUUGGUGGGUGCUUGGCCCAGCUCCACUUCUUCCACUUCCUGGGCAGUACUGAGGCUAUGCUCCUGGCCAUCAUGGCCUACGACCGCUAUGUGGCCAUUUGCAACCCAUUGCGCUAUACUCUGGUCAUGAGCUCACGGAAAUGUCUGUUGCUGGCUGUGGCCACCUGGGCCACUGGUUUUUUUCAUGCCAUGAUGCACUCAAUCAUGACCUCUCAGCUGAGUUUCUGUGGCCACAACCACAUCCACCACUUUUUCUGUGACAUCAAACCACUUUUGAAUUUGGCUUGCAGUAGCACCAGCCUCAACCUGACCCUCCUCAAUGUUGUCACCACAUCCAUUGCUCUAGCCCCCUUCACUGUCAUACUCCUCUCCUACCUUUACAUUAUCUUCUUCCUCUUCCUGAAAGUCCAGUCUAAGGGAGGAAGACGGAAGGCCUUCUCCACUUGUGCUUCCCACCUCACCGUUGUAGCCCUGCUGUACAUACCAGUUUUCUUCAAUUAUGCACCUCCCUCCUCAGAAAGCUCCUCCAAAAGGGAAAUGCAGGUGUCUCUCAUGUACAGUGCUGUCACCCCAGCUCUGAAUCCUCUAAUCUACACUCUUAGGAACCAGGAAGUGAAAUCUGUCCUGAAAAAAAAGUUAGGGAGAAAACUCUUCCUUGGAGGAAAGUGA